AUGUCGUUGAUCAGCGUUCGAAGGUCCAGUUCCGUCGGGAAUGAGGAUGUAAGUAGUAAAUGAUGUUGUAGUUGGUGCUUCUGACACGUUUAUUUCGGUUUUUCUAGGGUUUAUGUAAUUUAUAGUAAAUUAUUCAAUUGAUUUUUAAAAGUUUUUGUUUUUUAGAUUGGCGAUCUUUCCGACGGCUCUGUGAUUCCUUCAAGCUCGAAUUCAGAUGGAAAUGAGUACUACUUCACCGUUAAAGGAGCUGCUAUGGUCUUAUCGCAUUCACAACAAGUUUUAACAAGGACGAGGAGUUCUGAAACAGGUAUGCUGUUAUGAAAAAUGAUAAAAUACACAUAUAUUGUUAAAUUAAAAUUUAAAAAAUGACUUUGGAAGUACUUAAUCUAUUCAGAAACUGAUAUGUUUAUUACAUUUCUAGUAUUUCUGGAUCAAAUCGAGUCACACCUACAACAAAUGUUGAAUCUUCUGAGGCCGACUGACAAAUUAUGUAUAGCUGUACAACUUCAGUCACUUCUAACCAAACAUACUAGGUAUUUGGCAGUGGUAACGUCACCAUCAGAACAACAGAAUGGCACGAGGGAAUCAGCUCUAAUUGGCUUUGAUUUUUAUCAAAAACGAGUGUCGUAAGUUAAAUUUCAUUUUCAUAACACUAUUUGGUUAUUUGUCAAGAAGGUAUUAAUUAAAAACCUUUAGAAUUGGCGUAUCUGUACCUAUAUUAACCACAACGCAAGUUGAACUGGACGGUGAUGGGGGUAUUUUGGUUGGAAUUUCUGCCAGUUUUUACUUUUUCAAACCAGCUUCGAUACAAUCGAUGUGGUUGGUAUUUCAAUGUCUACAUAGAGAGCUGGAGCUGAUUCACCGAAAUCCCACCUUAGAUCAUGCGGAUGUAUGGCUUAAAUUCUACAAAGAAAUUUCACAAAUUACACAGGAUCCGGCUAUGUCGUCGCAGUGGUAUGACUUUUUUUUGAUAUUUUACUCUUUAGACUACUUUUAAAUUACAAAAAAUGGAAAAAGUUUGUAUUUUAGGUAUGUCUCGCUAGUCGAUGAUUCAUGCCGAGAUGAUAUUACAGCCAGAAGGAUCAGUUAUCACAAUGUAGAGGAUGAUACAGAACGGAGGAUUCGAGAUUGUCUGAAACAGAUCAUGCAAACGGUCGAUUUGGAUGAUGUGACCAGUGGUGACAUAAGAAGACGAUUGGACCGUGAAAUAAACGUUUCUGUUAAGACGUACAAGGAAUUCAUCGACAGAGAGAUGCUGGUCAUCUUGGGGCAAAUGGAGAAACCGUCAAAAAUCUUUGAUUACCUGUAUCUGGGAACAGAAUGGAACGCUUCGAAUUGGGACGAACUGCAUAAGAAUAAGUAGGUUUUGUUUUAACGAAUUCCAAUUUGAUUUCACCAUAGUUUAGUCAAAAAUGUAAAUUCGGAGAUAUGAGCUUAUUUUAUCUAAACAAUACAAUUUUAUUACUUUAAUUUUUUAGUGUGCGAUACAUAUUGAACAUGACAAGGGAAGUUGAUAACUUUUUUCCAUCGCAUUUCGAGUAUUUGAAGAUCUUUGUGUCUGAUGAAGCUAACACCGAACUUUUGAAGCAUUGGAAUCGAACUUACGAGUUUAUUAAAAAGGCCAAGUAAGUUCAUUUUAAGGAGCAACUAUCCAUCUUACCUUCGAUAUAUUAUACUUUUUAUACUUCUAAUGUCACUUUUAGAACGGAAAAAGCGGCAGUACUAGUGCAUUGCAAGAAAGGCAUAAGCCGAUCGUCCUCUACAGUAAUCGCCUACAUCAUGAAAGAAUACGGGUGGAAUCUGAGCCAAGCCUUGGACUACGUGAAAGCCAAGAGAAACUGUAUCACUCCCAACUCCGGGUUCAUGAAUCAGCUGCAAACAUUCGGUGGUAUGUUGAGUGCGAGCAGGAACAGACAAAGUGCUGUGUUCAACGGGUCUAGCCCCAACAGAUCAGCAUCUGACGUGUCCUCAAGGCCAAAGAAGACCAGGCCUCGAGGGUCACGGUCGAUUUGUGAGGGGUAUCUGAAGGCGAUUAUUGGGAACAGCGACUCCAAGAGUGCAAAGCCUCAUGUAGAAGGGAAAACAACUUCUUUUGUAAGUGGUGUUAUAACUAAAAUACCAUAAAUAAUAUUUGAUCUAUGUUUGAAACAUCAAAAAUACAUUUAAAGCAUAAUAACAACAAGGUAAAGAGAUACUCUUAUAACAUUUUGUGAUGGAAAAUUAAAAACCAGAAGUUGAGUGGUUAAAGAUUACCGCUUGUUUCAUGAUUGCUUAUCUUAUCAGUGACAGUUUAGGCCGAAAUCGCUAAAAAGUUUGGAAUUUUGUCGCUAAAGGUCCCGAACCGCCGCUGUGCCAAGUCGAAUCAGACGGAUAUACACAAAAGCUAUGUCAAGUCGAUGGUGGGAACGUUCGAACAGAACUGUGAACAACGUGCCACGAAAUAA